UGCGAUUGCAAAGCACCAUCUACAAAAUGGAGUUACCAGUCACUUACGAUGCGAAGGAGCGAAUCUGGAGUGGAGCUGAACGGGUUCCUCUGUACUCCGUUGAGACGUCUGUCGGCAAGAUAAUAUGCAAAGUGAUGAGGACUUUUCCCAAGAACGUGUGCCAGAUAGACGAUGUGGCUGGCGUGGCAGUAACCUUCGAACAGGCCAUUGCUUGGGCCAUUCGAAUUGCCCAGACCUUCAAGCAGAAGGGUCUGAAGCACCUGGACGUAAUCGGCAUUGCGGCCAGGAACUCCACGUAUGUGAUGCCCGUGGGACUGGCCUGCCUGCUCAAUGCAACUCCCUUCCAAGCGGUGAAUCCUGUCUCGGACGAAGCCACCCUGACUCACGUCUUCUCCAUAACCAAACCAACUGUGAUAUUCUGCGAUGGCAAGGAGUACGAAAAGGUGCGUGCAGCCACAAAAGGAUGGCAGCCGGAGAUCUUUACAGUAGUUGAUCCUGUUGAUGGAGUGCCCCACAUUGAUAGCCUUCUACAACCCACCGAAACUGAAAUGUUCUACCAACCAGAACCGUUGAAAGAAGGAGGCGACCAGACUGCGGCCCUUCUAUGCUCAUCGGGUACAACUGGCUUGCCCAAGGCCGUUUGCAUUUCCCAUCGAUCUCUUCUCCUGGAUUCUAUUAUGAUGAAUAGCGAAACGGUCAUAUAUUCUGCCAGUGGUCUGGAUUGGUACAGUGGCCUGACUGCUUUCCUGUUAAGCGCUGUGGUCGGCAGCACUCGGAUUAUCACUGAUAAACCCUUUGCUCCGGACAGCUUUGUACAGCUCGUGGAGAAGUACAAAAUCAACAUGGUCGUAUUGCCACCUCGCUACAUGUCCGCCCUGAUCAGUUUCCCGGGGGCCAAAAGGGAAGCCUUGGCCUCCAUUCGAUGCGUUUUUUACGGAGGUGGGUUCACGUCUAUGACCACACUGAAAAAAAUGCAGGAUCUGUGUCCCACUGCGAUGCUGAUCUCUAGCUAUGCAUUGACCGAAACGGGUGGAGUGACCUUGAACAUGGGACUUGGAAACGUCAACACUGCAGGCAGACCAAUGCCAGGUGUGAAAAUACGCAUCGUGGACGAGGUGGGUAACAAUCAGGGCUACAAUGAGACGGGCGAGAUCUAUGUGCACACAGGUCUGCCCUGGAGGGGUUACUACGGAAAUCCCCUGGAGUCCCAACAAACUCAGGACCACGAGGGAUGGUUGCACACCGGCGAUCUGGGCUACUUUGACGAUGACAACUUGCUGUACGUGGUGGAUCGCAAAAAGGAGAUCCUCAAGUACCAGGGCAAUCAAUACUGGCCCUCAGAGAUCGAAGGCGUUAUCGCAGAGCUGCCCCAGGUGGAGGAAGUGUGCGUCAUCGGCAUCUACGAUGAGCAACAGGGGGACGCAGCUGGUGCACUGGUGGUCACGAGAAAGGGAUCCUCCAUCACCCGAAAGGACAUUUCGGAUCAUGUGGCCAAGAGGCUGCCCUCGAUUCAAAAACAACUCCACGCUGGCGUUCAGUUUACGGACAAGCUGCCCGCCAAUCCGAAUGGAAAGACGUUACGCCGUGCGGCACGGGAAGAGUUCGUUGCGAAAAAAGGGACUAGAGAAUAGAUUGAUUUACAACUGUUAAGUUAACUUAUUUCAGGUUAAAAACAUUGUCUUGCCCUACUUUAAAAAAUUGUUCAAUUAAGAAUAAAAUGAGUUAA